AUGCGGGAUUUGAUGCGCUUCAUAAAUCCAAGGAGUUCUGAUAUGACAUUCGGUGGUAAAACAGUUGUUUUGGGGGGCGAUUUCAGGCAAAUUUUACCAGUCAUUCCAAAGGAAAACGAGUGCAAGGAGAUCGAGGAAUUUGCAAAAUGGAUAGCUAAUAUAGGUGACGGAAUUAUUGGGUGUCAACUUGAUGGGGAGUCCGAGAUUACUGUUCAAAAAUAUUUGUUGUUGAAGUGCGAAGAUUACCCUAUUGCUACAAUUGUUGAUAGCACUUUCCCUAAUUUCCGACUGGGAAUUGCUGAUUUGUCAUAUCUUAAUCAUAGUGCAAUUUUAGCUCCAACAUUGGAUGUGGUAGAUGCCGUUAACCAAUACAUAAAUGAUCAUAAUCCGGCUGAGGGUAAGACAUACUUGAGUUGGGAUUCUGUGUGUAAGUCAGAUGCCAAUGUUGACAUGUUAGCGGAUUUGCACAAUCUCGAAUUCUUGAAUGCCUUGAGAUGUUCUGGAAUACCAAAUCAUGCUUUGACAUUGAAAGUUGGAUCACCUGUUAUGCUAUUGCGAAAUAUUGAUCACACACUAGGAUUAUGCAACGGUACAAGGUUAAUUGUUACAAGGUUGGCUGACCAUGUGUUGGAAGGCCAAAUCAUGUGCGGUACAAAUGCAGGAACCAGAGUAUUGAUUCCUAGGAUGUCACUUACACCAUCAGAUCCAAGAUUGCCUUUCAAAUUUCAAAGAAAGCAAUUUCCUUUGAUGCUAUCCUAUGCCAUGACAAUCAACAAAAGUCAAGGACAAACGCUUGCUAAAGUUGGGUUGUUGUUGAAAAAACCUGUCUUUAACCAUGGACAACUAUACGUAGCUGUUUCAAGAGUUAGUAACCCCAGGGGUUUGAAAAUUUUGAUUUGCGGGGAAAGUGUACCAUGUUUUAGUACGACUAAAAAUAUUGUGUACAAAGAGUCUUCAAUAAUACGGCCUGAUGAGAAUAUGAAUUGCCGUGUCGAAAUAGAGUCCUAG